AUGACUUCCCAGCCAUCCACCUCGAACCCCAUGUACUACGAUCAGUUGUACGGAGAGCAGAUGGUUCAGGUGAGAAGAGAUCAGAAAGCGCCGAAAAGUGAGAUUGGCGGAUUUCAGUACACUCCGAUGGACUAUCAGACCAAUCUGCUCUGCGGAAUGCAAUACUUUAACAAUUCGCAUAAUCGGUACCAGGUCGGUUAAAUUCAGCCGUUUGCAUCUGAAUGCGUCCUUCCAGUUCCCCGUGCCCAUCGCCCACAUGCCUCACUAUCCGGUGCCCCAUCCGUCGCUGAUGCACACCGUCAGCAGUCUCGACGAGUCGCCGCCGUUCGGCACCUUCCUGCCCACACUUCCCACGAUCGCCCACAGCAACAACCAUCCGUACGUGUUCCCUCCUGCCCCGUCAUCUCAGCCUCCUCAACCGCCUCCACCAUCUCAACCACAACAACAGCCGACGCCUUCCGUCGCCUCGACAUCGAUCUCUCAGAAUGCGGGAGCCGCGCUCACCACCGCCAUGGACUCGUGCCAGCAAAUCUCGCAUGUGCUCCAGUGCUAUCAACAGGUAUUAGCUUUGAGUCAUCGGAGUUUGUCCACCCACUUUCCGCACACAAACAGGCUACUGUAGGCGCCAUGAUAGCUGCGGAAUUUGACUUUCAUUUCAGGGCGGAGAGGACGGAGAGUUUGUGCGGAAAGCCAUCGAGUCGUUGGUCAAAAAGCUGAAGGACAAGCGGGUCGAGUUGGAUGCGCUCAUCACGGCAAUCACUUCGAACGGGAAGCAGCCGACGGGAUGUGUCACUAUCCAGGUGAGCAGGAAUUGAAGAAGAUCUUCAUGAAUUAUAGAAAAAGUUCAGAGAUCAUUGGACGGACGUCUGCAAGUAGCCGGUCGAAAGGGAGUGCCUCAUGUGGUGUACGCGAGAAUCUGGAGAUGGCCGAAAGUGAGCAAGAAUGAACUGGUGAAGCUCGUUCAGUGCCAGACCGUCACCGACCAUCCGGACAACAUCUGCAUCAAUCCGUACCACUACGAAAGAGUCGUUUCAAAUCGGAUAGCCAGUGCGGAAGCGUCAUUGCACACGGACGGUGCGCAGGUUAAGAAGGACUACGAGUACGCGGGAGAGCAGCCGAUGCACGAGACGUACGGCGAUUGGCCGAGCACUCCUCCGGACAACAACUAUAAUGGUAAGAGAGGGAACGGGAAGAACGGGGAAGGAAACGGUCGCUUCUUACAGGGUUCACAGGUGCGAACAUCCAGCACACUCCUCCGCAACUGAUCACUCCUUCCUUAUGCGAACUUGCCGUCGAUCUCACCCAAAUCAAUGUGCCGACUCCUUCACAGUCACUGGACAACUGGUGUUCUAUCAUUUAUUAUGAGCUCGACACUCAGAUUGGAGAGACUUUCAAGGCUUGUUUCGAAAUGUUGACUAGAUCGUAGAUGAUCUCAUUUUCAGGUCAGUGCUCUCGAUCAUGGAAAGGUGAUUGUCGACGGCGGGAUGGAUCCUCACGGAGAGAACGAGGGACGCUUUUGUCUCGGAGCCCUCUCCAAUGUGCACAGAACAGAAGCAAGUGAAAAGGCGAGGUGAGCUACUUUCUCCAUUCUAUUUCACUCUUUCAUCGUUUCUCUUCAGAAUGCACAUCGGAGGAGGUGUCGAACUGACGUGUCAUGCGAACGGAAACGUGUCGAUCACAUCGAACUGCAAGAUCUUCGUGCGCUCCGGCUACUUGGACUACACGCAGGGCGCCGAGUACAGCAGCAAAGCGCACCGUUUCACUCCAAACGAGGCUUCGUUCACUGUAAAUGCACCAUCUGCUUUCUCGUUCUCAACUUUUCCCUCUUUCAGAUCUUCGACAUCCGCUGGGCGUACAUGCAAAUGCUCCGUCGCAGUGAGUCGAGCAACGAGGCGGUGCGAGCACAGGCGGCAGCAGUGGCUGGCUACGCGCCGGUUAGGAAUACGGUAUAAGUGAUAGAGAGAAGAAGUUGUUAUUCAUGAUAAACUUGCAGAUGUCUGUGAUGCCAGCAAUCAUGCCGGACAGUGGAGUCGACAGAAUGCGACGCGACUUUUGCACCAUCGCAAUUUCCUUUGUCAAAGCCUGGGGAGAUGUUAUUCAGAGAAAAACUAUCAAGGUACUGUGACGACUCGAACGUAUUAUUAUUAUCAUUUUUCCUUUUCAAGGAGACCCCCUGCUGGAUCGAAGUCACUCUCCAUCGCCCGCUGCAGUUGCUCGACCAACUUCUCAAAAAUAGCAACCAAUUCGGAAGCGUCUAG